AGGAGUAGAACGUGACUUCCUUGACCCGCAGUUUUCCCUGUAGCCGUUUGUGUGCUAAGCUAACCUGUAGCUUAUUCUUCACAAUGGUUGAUUUAAUCACUUUUAAAACCCAGGUGAAGAUCAUCGUUAAUAACUUGACUCAGACGCUAAUGGCGCAGAUUUUUACUACGGCGGAAAAAACGACGUUAAAUAUACAAAGUCCCAAAGCUCAGGUAAGCUAACAGCUAGCUAACAGCUUAUACAGUGCCUAACAGAGGCUAACAGCUAGCUAACAACGUCUUACAGCAGCUAACAGAGGCUAACAGCUAGCUAACAUCAGCUUAUACAGUGCCUAACAGAGGCUAACAGCUAGCUAACAACAUCUUACAGCAGCUAACAGCUAGCUAACAACAGCUUACAGCAGCUAAUGGCUGGGCUAACAACAGCUUACAGCAGCUAGCAGAGGCUAACAGCAGCUAACAACAGCUAACAGAAGCUAACAACAGCUUUGAUAUAAGUGUGGAUGAAACAUUGUUCAUUGUGAAUGACCUGUUUCAUCUCAGUGAUGAUUAAAGCUGGAGAAAGUUUCUUUAUCACAUUUUGACUUUUUGUACAUGAACCUGUGAGGAUGUGACUGUUCAUCAAUCUGUAUCGUCGGCCCUCAUCACCAAAAGCUCUGGAAUCUCCUCGUCUUUCCAAGUCGACGUCUUCGUCUUCUACGUGAGAAACUGGGAACUCUGGUUGACGCUCUGUGUGUUGAAGCUGUGGAGAAAAUCUUGCAGAUUGUUGAGGCGGCUGUUGAGCAGCAGGAGGAGACUCCAGGAGACCGGAGUGAUUGUCCUCAGUCUGAUGUGAUGAAGACGCAGAUACAUGAAGGCUGACGUCCAGAGUGACCCCCACUCUCGCCUGGUUUCAGGUCCGACAGACUCAGACUGAGCUGAAAUGGAACAAACAUCAGGAAAAGUUUUCAUCUGAUUCACACUCGCACGUCUCUGCCGUCAAUGUCAGAGUUUAUUUUCACCGAGGACUACGAGGAAGCAGCUGGAAACAAAACCAGAUGUCACUUUAAAUACAGUUCAAACUUGUGGAUGAGGAUUCUCAGAUGGUUCUGAACGACUCAGCUGCAGGAAGAACGAUUUCUGUCUUUUCAUUUAACAGUGAUGUUUCUGAUGUGUGUUUCAGGUGACAACGUUGGUGGUGAACAAACCUACAUCCUGGUUUACGGGAGCGCUGCUGUCGACUCCAAGUGUCUGCUGGUCUCCCUGCAGGGCGGCGCCGAUGCUGGUGGUGAAGAUAAAACCACUGAGGUCCCAGGUGAAGUGACGACUCGCACUCACUCCUCCCCCGCUGAUUUCCCCGACCACGAGUACGCUCAGGCGUCCUCUCCUCCGCCCGGCACCCCUGCAGCAGAGGAGGUGCCUGCAGCACACAGCAGGAAGCAGCGCCACAGUCGUAGGAAGAAAGACACAGACACAGCGACCGCACAAUCAUCAGAGAUUCACCACGAGUGCUCACAGUGCGGGAUGUUGUUUCCAAACUCAGAGCGACUCUCCGACCACCACAGGAAGUCUCACCCCGUGUGUUCAGUGUGCAGGGAGCAGUUCACUGGCAUCCUGAAGUUACGUGAACACGAGCGCACAGAGCACGGGCUGCUGCCGUACACCUGCGACUUCUGUCCGAAGAGAUUCAACCACAAAGCUCAUCGCAACCUGCAUGUGAAGGCGCGACACACGGGAGAGAAAAGCUGCCACUGCGACGUCUGCGGGAAGGGUUACUCCUGCGUCAGCGUGCUGAAGACGCACAGGAUGACGCACUUCGACAAGACCUUUAUCUGCGACAUCUGCGGGAAGAGCUUCUAUCACGCCUGCCACCUGACGCGCCACAAACUGGUGCACCAGGAUGCGCGGCCGUAUCAGUGCUCCACCUGCGGGAAGGGCUUCACCCAGGCCGCCAACCUGCGCAGCCACCAAGCGAUCCACACAGGAGAGCGGCAGCUCUGCUCCAUUUGCGGGAAGAGCUACCGCUGCCUGAAGAACCACGUCAUCAGCAAACACUCGCAUGAGCUGCCCGCCGACGAGCUGCUGGCCAGAGACACCAUUAUCACAUGUGAGGUCUGCGGCAAGAAGUUCCCCAACCUCUCGCAGUUCAAAGUUCACCAGAGGAACCACACGGGGGAGAAACCGUUCCACUGUGACCUGUGUGGGAAGAGUUACCGUCUGAAGGAGCGGCUGAGGGACCACAGGUACACACACAGCGGCAAAAAGCCGUACAGCUGCUUGCUCUGCUCAAAGACCUUCAAUAUGGCGUCUAGCUUCCUGCGGCACCGCAGCAUCCACAGUGGAGAGACGCCGCACAGCUGCCACGCCUGCGGCAAACACUUCCGCCUCCUCACCUUCCUCAAGGCUCAUCUGCAGACCAAAGCUCACCUGAGACGCACUCAGCAGAGGCCUGCUCCUCUGACCAGCAUGUUACAUGACCAAAAGUAUGUGGACACUCAGACAUAACAGUUAUAUGGGAUUUAAUCACAGACAUGGAGGCCACACCCCCACCUCCAACACCUCUGGAUCAGGUUGGAUGAUCGGACCUCUGACCUUCUCCAUCACAUCAUGUCAAAACUGAGGUUUCAGCAGAUAAUUCACUGUUACAUGAUGAAUUGUGUGUGUUUGUGUGUCUGUUGAUCAAAUCAUCAGGUAUUAACAGUCAAAGUAAUCUGAUUACAUCAGGUUAAUAAAUACAUUUUCUUAAAACCUGAAAAUUAACUGAUGCGUCUUCAUCACUUUAUCUUUUUAUUGUUUUUCACCUCUGCCGUUUCUUUCAUUUCUUUUCUGUUGCUUCAGUUUUUCAUAUUUUUUUGUUGUAGUUUGUAUUUUUUGGUAAAUUUACAUUUUUCUCAAGAUUUAAAGAUGAAUCAAUGACACAAUGAGACAAAAAUAGGUUAAAAGUUCAUAUUAUAUUUGGUGGUUGUAAGAAUAUUAUUUUGCAGUUGAUUCUGUUUUCUUUUAGUUUGAAAGUCUGUUUCCUGUAGUCCAUUACAGGCUGUAGUUCCAGAGCUUUCGACUGAAACAGUUCAUCAGCUCAUGAACGAGCUGUAAGUGGAGUUUGAGUCCAGAUAUUUGAUGCCAACAGUUACAGGACCUCGAAAGCUGUGGAAAAGGUAUGUGAGAGAACUCUGUUGAUUUAUUUACCUUUUUUUCUCAUCUCUUCUUUUUCAAGUUUAAAUUUAAAACAGGUUUGAAUCUAAAUCUAAACCAGUUCAAACUGAUUCAAUCUGCACGCCCUGGGCUGACCUACAGGGGGCAGCAGCCAUCAGAACUUCCGAUGUGUUAUGAUUAAUGUGAGUUACAAUAAUUAAUCUCAUCUUUACAUUUUUUUAAUCUGACACUUUUCUGCUCCUCAGAUUUAUUUUAAGUCACAGCUUUACCACCACAUGAAUCUGUUUACGCCUGUUACAUCUGAAACUGUUUUAUUUCAAACACCAGAUUCACACAUUUUGAAUCAGUUACAAAAUAAAAAAUCUCAAAAACUAAA